UCAGUCUGCUCACAUUGGCCACUCUUUAGACCAGUUGCUUUACAACUUGUGAGUUUCCAGUGAGAAUCGGCAGCAAGACGUUCGAAAGCUAAACUUCUGGAGAGGCAGAUUUGUUUAGGGCUGCGGGUGGCGAAAGAAGGGUGAAGCAAAAAGCGCAGCAACCCCCUCCCCCUUUGCCCGCCGCACAGCGAGCUGUAUGAAUCCCUGUAACACGGCAAGAAAUGCUGCGGAAUCUCGCAGCGGUGGUGGACGGUGCCCAGGAGCCAGCAGUGCCAAAUCCUCACCUGCACGAACUGCGGAGCUGAAUGAAGAUGAGAAGGAUCAGGCCCCGAUUACUAUGAAUACUUUACAUAUGAUGAAAGCCUUCAAAGUUAUGAAUGAGCUACGAAGUAAAAGCACACUGUGUGAUGUGACCAUUGUUGCUGAGGAUGUGGAAAUUGAAGCACAUCGUAUUGUCCUGGCAGCCUGCAGUCCUUAUUUCUGUGCCAUGUUUACAGGAGACAUGGCUGAAAGUAAAGCAAAGAAAGUCGAGAUAAAGGACAUAGAUGGACACACACUAAGUAAACUAAUUGAUUAUAUAUACACUGCUGAAGUAGAAGUCAAUGAAGAGAAUGUGCAGGUGCUUUUACCUGCAGCCAGUCUAUUGCAGCUAAUGGAUGUAAGAACUGCUUGUUGUGAUUUUCUGCAAUCCCAGUUGCAUCCAACCAACUGUCUAGGAAUUCGAGCAUUUGCAGAUGUUCAUACGUGUACAGAGCUGCUGGAUGAGGCCAAUGCAUAUGCAGAGCAACAUUUUCCUGAUGUUAUGCUAGGUGAAGAAUUUCUUAGUCUGAAUCUGGAUCAAGUAUGCAGUUUGAUAUCAAGUGAUAAGCUCACAGUAGCUUCAGAAGAAAAGGUAUUUGAAGCAGUUAUCUCUUGGAUAAAGUAUGACAAAGAAACUCGCCUGGACCACAUGGCAAAACUAAUGGAAAAUGUUCGCCUUCCACUACUUCCACGGGAUUAUCUUGUCCAGACUGUAGAAGAGGAGGCUUUGAUAAAGAAUAAUAAUACAUGCAAAGAUUUCCUAAUUGAAGCCAUGAAAUACCAUUUACUUCCUCUUGAUCAACGAGCUGCGAUAAAGACAGCGCGCACAAGGCCAAGGACCCCAAUCAGUCUACCCAAGGUGAUGAUAGUGGUCGGUGGUCAGGCACCUAAAGCUAUACGAAGCGUGGAGUGCUACGACUUUAAAGACGAUCGUUGGAAUCAAGUAGCAGAGCUUCCUUCCAGAAGGUGCAGAGCAGGUGUUGUAUAUAUGAGUGGCCGUGUUUAUGCAGUGGGAGGAUUCAAUGGGUCACUGAGAGUCCGGACUGUGGAUGUGUAUGAUGCAGUAAAGGACAACUGGACAUCCAUUGCCAGUAUGCAAGAGAGACGAAGUACUCUUGGAGCAGCAGUGUUAAAUGAUUUACUCUAUGCUGUCGGUGGAUUUGAUGGGAGUACAGGAUUAUCUUCAGUGGAGGCGUAUAAUUACAAAAUCAAUGAAUGGUUUUUUGUGGCACCCAUGAACACAAGAAGAAGUAGUGUUGGUGUUGGAGUUGUGGAAGGCAGGUUGUAUGCAGUAGGUGGCUACGAUGGAGCAUCACGCCAAUGUCUUAGCACUGUCGAAGCAUAUAAUCCAGUCAGCAACGAAUGGACAUAUGUUUCAGACAUGAGUACACGUCGUAGUGGUGCAGGGGUUGGCGUUCUAAAUGGUCAGUUGUAUGCAACUGGGGGUCACGAUGGACCUUUGGUGAGGAAAAGUGUCGAGGUGUAUGACCCAUCCACAAACGUUUGGAGGCAAGUGGCAGACAUGAAUAUGUGUCGGAGGAAUGCUGGAGUUUGUGCUGUAAAUGGAUUUUUGUAUGUAAUUGGAGGAGAUGAUGGUUCAUCAAAUUUAGCUUCUGUGGAAUUCUACAAUUCUAUAACUGACAAGUGGACACUAUUACCAACCAAUAUGAGUACUGGAAGAAGCUACGCAGGUAAAGCUGUUGCAGGUGUUGCAGUUAUUGAUAAACCACUAUGACUCUACACUUCAGCCGCAAUUGGAUUGAAGUGAAAACUGAUUCACAUUUCACUGAAGACUCAUCUAGGUUUUAUCUGAACUAUUUAUAUUACUUGGAUGCAUGGUAUUCUGUGUGAAGCACAGUUACCUUGUCAAAAAGAUACCAGUGCGAUGUUUUUAAAAGCAGAAUCAAGCACCAAUCAAAGGAUAUAUCAAGAUAUAAACAUGUUCUCUAUUAGCACUGCAGGUGAUACUAAAAAUUUGUGCAAAAAGCACAUGCUGUCAGUUUGCUCUUGCCAAGUGAUCUGGAAUGUCCAAUGUUGACAAUUGUCAGCCUUCAAUAGAGACCGACUAACUGGAGAAUGUGAAUUUUCUGCUGUUACAUGUGAGUUCUACACAUUAUCAAUGCUGAACGUCAAGCUGCUGCCUUUAAAGCACAAUUAUUUGGAUCGGAUGAAGCACUGUAUUACCAUAUCAACUAUUUUAUAAGGGAGACAAACCGAACAUUUUUACCAUGGAGGAGCAUAAAACGUACUUGCCAUAAUGAUUUGUUUAUAUUGAGAUGGAUUGUUAUGGUAUUUCAAAUAAUGUACAACACCUCUCUCCUCCCUCUGAUUUUUAAGAUUACACCCUCAAAUUUGAGAGGUGAGCUAACGAAGGGUAUAAAAUUUCUGUUGUGAGUUGCCCUUUUGGCUGCCAGAAAACUUUAUGGCAACCUUCAAGUUUUAGGAGCAUGCUAUUGCCAGUACAGAAAUUCUUUGGACACCAGACCCCUUUUGUAACGAUGUUAUGCUACAUAGUUUGCCAAACCAAAAUGGAUUAGAAUUAUCACAGACGUUUCAACUUAAGAGUGAUGACAUUAAUUAACAUUGAUUGUAAUCAGCAGUAUUUUUUUAAAAAAAACUUUGGCCACUGAUGAUGUGGAGGUGGUUACAGGCAAGCUAGGAUGUUAUACCUGCCCCUCCAGUUGAUCUAGAGGAGGUGGAAUUAGAUGGUCUAAUGGUACAGUGGGCAAAUUAUAUCAGUGAGAAAGACCAAUUUAAAGUAAAUUGAACAAGAAUUCUAAAAAUAUUUGCCUUUGAACUCAAAUUUCCAUUGUGCAUCCUUUCAAAGUUUCUGGUAAAUUGUUUGACUAUUUUUUAAUGAAUG